CUUGACUGCUGCAUAUUUUUUAUGCCGGCCAAGAAAGACUGUUAGUGCAAGACUCAACGCAGAUUCUGAAAGUCAGGAGAUACAUUUAUUUCUCGCACUCUAAGUACUCUUCAGCUCCAGUGAUAUUUUAAAAACUCUCUUAGAUUUUGUCCGUAGAAGAUGAAAUGUAUACUCUUGUUCAAAAUCAUCUGUGGACCUUUCCUUCUGGAAUUUUUCAACUUCGAAGUCACUUCAGCGUCAAAUAUAUAUGUCUCAAGGGCUAAAGGUCAUGAUUCUGUUUCAUGUGGCUCAUACAGUCGCCCGUGUUAUUCAAUAUCACAUGGUGUUUCUGUAGCAGGUAAUGCAUCAAAAAUUCUUAUCGAUUCUACAAACACAAAAAUAUCUCCAUAUGAUUGUAAAUCAUUCCAAAGAAGACACCAAGGUAUUUACGUCACGAAGAAUUUGACAUUUGCCAGUGACGGUCCGUCACUUUGUCGUAUUUCAUGCAAAAGUGGUUUUAACUGGUUUAUAGACGGCAGAGAAAAUGCCUCUCCAAUCAUCAUUGGUUUUAUCAGAAUCUUCUUUGAAAAUACACAAGUACAUUUAGUGGAUUCGUCUGCCAUUUUUACUCAGUGCGUGUUUUACAAAACUAAAAAACUUGCAGUGAAUUUUACUGUAUAUAAUUGGAACCUUACAAGUUUGGUUUUUCAAAAUGUCCAAUUCGAAGCAAAUGAAGCAUGUAUUUCAGUGAAGAUGUGGUCAAAGGAUAUAAACAUUCUAAGGAGCAGCAUUAUAUUUAAAAAUUCACAAUUCAUACGAAAUGGCAUUAGAUGGAUUCCAAUUUUAAUAUCACCUUCUUGGAGUGUUUUAAGCAUAGAUAACUUUGGAAAACAUGCUGUAGAGUUGCACAUGCAAAAUACAAGUUUUUUCAAUAACUAUGUUCGUCCAAUGGGAAUGAUAUACGUAAGUACUAAUCACUUAAAACUUACUGUAAUGGAGAAAAGCAAUUUAGUAUAUAAUGGAUUGCAAGACAUAACCAACACGUUUACUCACAGCCUCUUUGUUUUAAAUACUGAAACGACGUCCAUUGCGAUAGCAGACACGCGGGUAAAAAGGAACAAACAGCGACUUUUUUCAAUCAGCUCAACUAGAACAGAAAUCCUUAUUACUUACACACAAAUAGAUGAUUAUAGAGUUGACAAAAAUCAUGGAGGGAUAUUUUAUAUAGAAAGUGAAAUGAUGCAGUUGGUAAUGGCCGACUGUGUGAUAAGUAAUGGACGAUUGAAGUAUCAAUUUAAUGGUGGAUUUCUCUAUGUUUACGCAAGGAAUGUUAGUGUUCAUAUUGAAAAUUCUAAUUUUACAAACUUGAAUAUUGGUGGCGUUGGUGGUGUGAUGUAUAUAUCGACAAGCAAAGUUGCAAAUAUGUCUGUAACAGUAAAGAUAAAAAUACUCAGUUCAAAUUUUUUAUCUAAUAAAGGUUAUUGUGGAGGAGUUCUGUGGCUCCCACAAAAGUUUAAAAUCUGGAUUCAUAACUCUACAUUCAUUUCAAAUAUUGCAUAUAUUGGUGGGGUUGUAUACUCCGGCGACCCUUUAUAUGCAAAAAUACACAUCGAUAAAUCAUUGUUUCACAAGAACUUUGGUGGAUGCUUUAGUCUUCUUAGUUAUACAAAAAAUAAUGGUUAUUUAUUUUUAAGUGGAAAUAACUCAAAUUUUACGGAAAAUAGAGCUAAAUAUGAGGGAGGCGUGUUCUCAUUGGCAUCUUCAGCCGUUUACUUGGAGCUCUCGUGUUCAUUAUUUGAGUACAAUCAUGCAGAAAAAUCCUCCGGAGGCGCCAUUUCACUUAAUGAAGGGAAUGCAUUUUCAGCCAACUCAGUUACAUUGUUAGCCAAUCACACAAAAUUUACUGGAAACAGAGCCGUGAAUGGUGGAGCAAUAACCAUCCAUAAAUAUUUCAAGGGAACGAGAGCAAUGAUUGGUAUGAAUAAUGUAUCUUUUUUUCGUAAUUCUGCAUUAGGAAGAGGAGGUGGGAUUUUUUUUCAAAAUCAUGUAAUACAGAAUUUAUCGUCGUUUUCAAUUUCGAUAGAAAGAAGCAUUUUCGAGAAAAAUCGUGGGAGUUUUGGAGGUGCCAUAUAUUUACAGGGUGUUAAUGGCGAAUUUUUGUCCAAGCAUUCAGUUUUUAAAUCAAACAAUGCAACUUAUGGUCCAGGUGGAGCAUUCUACUUCAUUAUUUCCAAUUCAACGAUAAACAUAUUCAACACAACCUUUCAAAAUAACACAAGUAUUAAAAAUGCUGGAGGUGCAAUGUAUCUAGAAAUUAAUUAUGGAAGUACGAUUCAUGUCGAUGAGUCAGUAUUUAAACACAAUGAAGCAAUUUAUAACAUGGGUGGUGGCAUGGCCAUAAAUACUAAAGGUGAUACUUUGAAAAAUCCUCAAUGUAAAAAAGAUGCUGUGCGCUUUUGGGAUUACAACAAUUCUGUAACGAUAAAGAACACGAAUUUUAGUGAAAAUAUUGCCCGAAAUGGUGGUGCAGUCUCCAUGGAAAACGGAAUAAUAUAUUUCAAUAAUUGUCAUUUUGUCAACAAUUCUGCACAUGACGCUGGUCAUCUUAUUAACUAUGGCUCAAACAACUUAAAUUUAUUCAGUAGCACUUUUAAAAACACAAUAACUCAUAAUUCUUCCUAUACAGAAACUUUCAUACAUACGUACAGCGAAGGACCGUUCAUUUUACACAAUACUACCGCAUUACAAGAAAUACAGUCAGAUAAUCCUUUGGUCUUGAUUGCAAAUGGCGGGAUUGUGGAUUUUGAUAAUUUUACAAUAUUGCGUUGCCCAGUUGGAUCAAAGAUGGAAAUGUUGAAUCUCUCUUAUAACAAAUGGAUAAAUAUUUCUUGUACAUACCGCGUCACUAUACUUCGCUUUGUAUGUACACAAUGUGAACAAGGCACGUAUAGCUUACAGCGGGGUCACACAUUAGGAUUGAGACCAGUUCAUCCAUUUUCUUGUCUACCUUGUCCAAAUGGAGCCGAGUGUUUAGCAACAAUCAAAUCAAAGCCAAACUUCUGGGGAUAUUUAAGCAAGAAAAAUAAGCCAUCUUUAAAAUUUACCAGAUGUCCUAAUGGUUAUUGUCUUGGAGGCUUAAAAAACAAAAAACACGACAGCUACAACAGGUGCCAAGGAAAGCGUAAAGGUUGGAUUUGCGGUCAUUGCUCUCCUGGUUACGGUGAAACUGUAUUCUCAACAGAUUGUAAAUUGACAGAAAAAUGUUUUCAUUUUUGGUUUUGGAUUGUGUUUAUCGUAUUGGCGUUCAGCAUGGCUUUGUUUUUUAUAUUUCAACCACCGAUUGUCACUUUUCUAGAAAAACAAAUAUUGUGGUUCAAAAAUGAAAGAAAAAUAACUAAACACCUGAGCGAGAACAACAGAAGAUCAUUACGGUCAACAGAGAUGCAGAGAAGCGAUUCUCCGUUUGUUCUCUCCACUGAAGAAAUUGAAAACGAAAGGAAAGAUUCCGUAGCAUUUUUUGAAAUUAUUUUUUAUUUCUAUCAGAUUUCUUCUUUACUGCAAACAGAUACAAACAUAAAGCACCUUUUGAAAGCCCAAAUAAUUAUUCCUGUUCAGAGAUUUUUAAAUUUUCAGGGAGUUCCUUUCGAAGGUGUAUGUCCAAUACUUGGUCUCACAGCAACUGGAAAACAUUUGUUUGAUGUUGCACCUGUAUUUGGAACUUUACUGGCCAUAUACUUCAUCUACAGUCUUCACUUUUUCAUAAGUAAGAUCUUUCGUGCGUAUACUCCAAAAUUUAAACAAUACCUUGGGGCAACAAUGCAAACCAUUCUCUUAGGAUAUAAAAAUAUUGCCAACGUUAGUCUUGCACUAAUUUAUUGCGUUCCCAUUAACUCUGACCGUCGUUGGUUUUAUGAUGGUAACAUAUUAUGCUACCAAUGGUGGCAGAAACUGUUCAUUGCAUUUGACGUUGUUGUAUUAUUUCCCUUCUUCCUGGUGUUAGCCUGGCUUGCCGUGAAAUUGCACAAUGGAAUGAUUUCAACAAAGCAAUUCUUUCUCGCUUGUGUUGUACCACUUCCUUUUUUCAUUUUUUGGUCUAUACAGUAUCUCUUGCAAUGGUUAAGUAUUUAUCGAAGUCCUGUAAACAGGACAGUAAACAAUACUGAGUAUACAGAUACGCUGAAAUCCAUCUUUCUCGCUCCAUUUCGCAAGCCUGAAGAGGGAAAGUCAGGUGCUGUCUACUGGCAGAGCAUUCUUAUUGCACGACGUUUUUUCUUGACAUUUCUUGGUUGUUUUAUCACUGAUCCCACUUUACGACUCAUGUGCAUGGCAAUCAUCUGUGUGUUGGCGUUAUUACAUCAUAAAUGUGUGAAACCAUUCCAAAACCCUCGUGCCAACACAGCGGAAACCAUUUCUCUACUAAGUCUUGCAGUAAUGGCUAUCAUUAAUAUGUACAAAUCAAUUUACAGAUUUUCCAAAGAAGAUGUUAGUACAGGAUGGAUGUUCGUAUUUCCAACACUUGAUAUUAUCGAGAUGAUAAUGUUAGGUUUCAUACCUGGAAUAUUGAUUCUUUUGUUUGUAUUAGGGAUAUCAUCAUUGAUGGUACGUUUGGUUUUCAUGGCCAUCGCCACCAUACGUAGAAAAAUGCACCGCCAUGACCCAACAUACGAUGAACUGUUGAACAAUAACCAUGAGGAAAACUGAGAGGAAGACUUCGUAUUUUUAAAUUAGAGUACGUUGAUGAAUUUGAGCGCUAUGAUUUAUAUGACUUUACUCAAUGAUUUAACUGUACUUGUGCAAUUUAUAUAAUUACUUAUGAUUUUACUAUAUUUAAUGGUUUGACUAUAUACUUAGGUUUAAUGAAUUGACUAUGUACUAAAAUUUGUUCAAAUAGCUUUAAAUUGUCUUUUUGAUCAUUUUCAUUUUUAAUGAAUAUUGUCGAAGCAAACUAACGAUGUUAAUUAAAAGGUUUGAGGAUUCA